UUCUAUCGUUUUUUUGGGAUUUGGAGCAUUUCAACUUUAUGGCUUUGAUCAAUUCUGUAUUUAUGCUACUCCAAUUCGUCCAUGGUGCUUACAAUCUUCAGUUCCACUUUUGUAUCUGUAUGUUCAAGAAAAAUAUUGGUGA